AUGGCAGCUGUCGAUCAUGCUUACGACGUCGAGGAUGACCUCGACCUGAUUUCUCCCAGAAUGCGCAUGCAGAAGCAUGAGGACUGGUUGAUUUCGACCAGUUUGGAGCCGCUUCGGGACAGCUUCGAGGACAGCAGCUUUCAACAGCUUCUGCAUCAAUUCGCGGCCGAACAUGCUCAAGACUUUCUGGCGCUGUGGCCAGAUGGAUCCCACCCGUUGUUGUGGACUCUGCGACACCAAGAGUACAAGGAACUCUUCGAGUCACAGCUUGAGAAGACUCUCGCUGAUAUCGGCAUGACCAGGGACAGCUUCCAAUCUGCUAUGCGACACCUACAAGAUGUACGGGCAUCUUUGGGUGACAUGCAGGCAGACCUGGACUCCUUCCUGAAGAGCCUGACGGCUGCCGAUGAGUACAAUGCCUUCUUGCAGGUCAUGCUGACCGAAGCCUAUAAGCAGCAGGAAGCUGGCCUUGUCAGUGCAGCUGUCCCAGACAGCCAGCAGAUUGAGGUCACUGUUCCUUCUGGCCAUGGAGGCUAUGCUGCUGCGUCUGUGCCCGUGGAAUAUCAAGGCUACCAAUACGACGUACCAAUCCCUUGUGGCUACAGUGCUGGUAUGUCGUUCCACGUGUCCGUCGUGGUGCCGCCUCCGAACUGA